CCGGCACCGUCAAGUAGCCCCGGGAACUGCCGGCACCGCUGAGCGGUGGGCGGCGGCAGAGGCCGAGCGCUCCGCCGAUUCCCGCUGGGCGUCGGUCAGUGCCCGCGCGGCCGCGUCCUGCGCAACGCUGCCCCGGCCCGCCAUGCGCCCCCGUACCCUGGCCGCGCUGGGGCUGCUGCUGCUGCUGCUGCUGGUGCUGCCGCCGCCUGGUGAGACCGCCAAGAAGGAGACGCCCUGCAAGCGCUGUCGGGAGCUGGUGGACAAGUUCAACCAGGGAAUGGUGGACACCGCGAAGAAGAACUUUGGCGGUGGGAACACGGCUUGGGAGGAGAAGACGCUAUCCAAGUAUGAAUUCAGCGAGGUCCGGCUGCUGGAGAUCAUGGAGAGCCUGUGUGACAGCAGCGACUUCGACUGUCACAGAAUGCUGGAGGAGCAUGAGGAGCGCCUGGAGGCCUGGUGGCUGCGGCUGAAGAAGGAGCAUCCUGACUUAUUUGAGUGGUUUUGUGUGAAAACGCUGGAGGUUUGCUGCUUGCCGGGCACGUACGGGCCGGACUGCCUGGAGUGCCAGGGCGGGUCCCAGAGGCCCUGCAGCGGGAACGGGGACUGCAGAGGGGACGGCAGCAGGCAAGGGGACGGGUCCUGCCAGUGCCACGUCGGGUACCAGGGGGCCGCGUGCACCGACUGCGCGGACGGCUACUUCAGCUCGCUGAGGAACGAGACGCACAGCGUCUGCACAGCCUGUGACGAGUCGUGUAAGGUGUGCUCAGGCCCCACCGACAGAGACUGCGGCCAGUGCCAAGAGGGCUGGGUGCGGGAGGACGGCGCCUGCGUGGACGUGGACGAGUGCGCGGCCGAGACGCCCCCGUGUGGCGAGCAGCAGUACUGCGAGAACGUCAGCGGCUCGUUCACCUGCGGAGAAUGUGAUUCUACCUGUGUGGGCUGCACCGGGAAGGGUCCAGGACAGUGCAGAGAGUGUGUUCCUGGCUACAGCAAGGAGAGCGGCCAGUGCACAGACCUGGACGAGUGCUCGCUUGCAGAGAAGGUGUGCGUGAGAGAAAACGAGAACUGCUACAACACCCCUGGGAGCUUCGUGUGCGUGUGCCCCGAGGGCUUCGAGGAGACGGACGUGGCCUGUGUGCCGACGCAGCCCGCCGCCGACCAAGUCACAGCAGACCCAACACAGGCGCCACCGCGUGAGGAUCUGUGACCUGCGUCCAGAGCCGAGAGCCGGAAGCUGGACCCGCCCCUUAAGUUAUUCAGACUGAUGCCCCGGAAAUGUGGCCCCCACGCCCUGUUUCUCCACGGACGGUCCAGGGGUAGCUGCGUCCCCUCCAACUCUUGUAUUCAUCUGGCCCCCAGAAAACUGCAGUUCCUGGUUCUUAAACAGAUUUGUAUAUUUUGAUACUGUUCUUUAUAAUAAAAUUGACCAUCAGAGGUAGUCAGGCACAGAA